CGAAGAUCGCAUAGAACUUUAAGAUUUCUAAGAAGCAUGGCAACAAUAUCGUCGAAUGAACACGAUAACUGCAGCUUUGAAAGGUCUUACGACAUUUCAUCAAAUGGCAUCUUUCCUGAUUCGUACAACGCGGUGUCAUGCAAAUGCAAUGGAGAUAAGAAAAGACAUAGAUGUAUAAAUAUACAGGAAGACGGCUGGCCUUACUUUGGUCAGAAUGCAAGAAUGAUUAACAAGUCUUCGUUUCUCUACAGAACAGCAAACGUCAGCACAUUGCAGAAUUUCAAAUCAGUUGGUUCACAACGUUCAAACAGUUCCCAAGGAUCCCAGAAAUCUGAUGACUCUGAAAGCAGUGACUACUUAGCAGUCGGACCAGUUGACAGUAACAAAGAGGUUGUAAGUGGCUCCUCUUCAAACGAUGCAAUACCCUAUGUAACCAUUCAAGGAACUGAAACUACUCGUAUCCAAGAAGACUUCAGAUUGGACAAUUCAGGAACCUAUGAAACUCUUCAUUCACCACAGUUGCACAAUGAUUCUAAAAAUAAAAACAAUACGUUGCCAAACUGGUGUAAAUGGGCAGUAAUGAUCCUGAUCUUUAUUGGUAUGUCUAUUUUGAUCGCUCUAGCUUCUGUAACCAACAGCAAAACACAGCAGUUUACAUCCAUAAAAGGAGAUAUGCCACAGAAAUCUACUUUUGAACAACAAAAACAAGAUUUGACUGUUGUGAGAGAGAUCCUGGAAAUGUUGAAAGCCAAAUUUUUGAAAACGACAGACUUUUUAGGGAAGUGUGUGAAGGAUUGUAAACAAGUUCCUAAGGAUGGCAACUACCAAAGCUGCUACACGUGCGAAGGAUACGUAUCUUGCACCGGAACAAAACUCGACAACAUGUCAUGUCCUCUCGCAGAUCCGAUUUCAAACAGUUCCCUUGUGUGGGAUGAUAAAAAUAAAACAUGUACUCAUAGAAGUAAUACAUGUCAACUAUAAAUUGUACAGCCAUUUCUAUUCCUCAAACAAUUUCAUUUUAUGGAAUGGUUAAGCUUCAGUGUACAUGUACAUGAUGUAUAUUGAUGUUAUUUAUCAGUUAAAACAUUUAAAUGAUCUUUUUUCCAUUCUUGAAAGAUACAUGUACCUAUUAACUGAGUUUUGUAGAAAUGUGAUUGCAUGUAAUAAUGGAGUUUUAUAAAGUGACUUACUUUUACAUUCGACAGCUGACUUUAACAUUUUAAGUAAUGGAGUUGGUCUAUGUAUAAAUUGUAAAAGUCAGUCGUCGAUUGUAAAAGUAAAUCUCUUCAUCAAACUCCAAUACUGAAAAAAUGUUUGGCAACUUUCAUUAAAAAGCUUUUAUCACAGGAAAUAAAGUGAUUGUUGAAUCCCAGCAAAUAGAACAAUUGCCUAUACCGUUUAAAAAACCAGAAGUCUCUGUUGAGACUGAUGCUCUACUGGUUUGUACUUAUAGCAAAG